UAUAACUUUGGCUCCGCCCACAGCGCAUAAAUACUGUACUGAACUUUCGCUCUGCUCCGUGAUAACAUCAGACAUUGAACACGGAGUCAUGGAUCAGCAGCACAGUAACGGUGAUGUCCGGACGUCUGCGGCAGACAGUCUGGAGUUCAAACUCCUCAUAGCAUACACUCGUAAGAGACGACCCGCCGACACCCUCCUGCAGCAGGACGUCCCGUCUUCACCACAGCCGGCUGAAGAUCACAGCAAACCAAAGAAAAAUAAAAGAAACAAGAGACUGUCUUUCCUCUUAAAAUGUAUUAAACCACAGACAGAUAAACCAGCACAUGUACAGCAGCCAGCGACCCUAGCGGGUUCAGAUGGUGGGAAAGUGGAUGAGAUGGAGAACAUGGUCAGUGAACUGACAGAGAUAUCAGACUCUGUGCACUUCACUCCAUCUGAUAUAGAACCAGACUCUGAUGAUGUUGUGGAAAAGCUGGUUGAGCUCCUCAGAGAACAUGGCGAUAAACUGGACAAAAAGAUUAAGGAAGACAAGGUGUUACAUGAGAAGCUGCAGUCCUCUCUCACAUACGGCUUCUUCAAGAAAGUGAUGGAAGCUUUCUGUGGAAGUGUCUCUCCAGAUCUGCCUCCAGAGCAGAAAGACAAGAAAGUCAAUGUGGCUCUGGUCUGUGAAGCCACCAGUCAGCUUGUUGGCAUCCACUACCAUCCGAUGACCUACGUGCUGGGCUUAGGUGCCCAGUAUCUACAGGAAAAAUACUCCACGUGGAUUAACAGAAACAUGCAUGCAGGCAAUGGAGAAGUUGGUGACGAAGUCCAGUGAGCAGAAGAGAUGCUCUCCACACAUUACAAAACUUUCUCAGGGGCACAGGUACUU